AUGUCCACUCUGAGGGCAUUUUUCAAGCCCAAGAAAGCUCGUUUAGAGGACGAAAACCCUGAACAAGAGCCCGAGGAUAUCGAUCUUGUUGAUCCAUUCGAUCCUGUUGAUCCAGUCGAUCUUGUUGAUCCAGUCGAUCUUGUUGAUCCAGUCGAUCUUGUUGAUCCAGUCGAUCUUUGUGUUCCAGUCGAUCCUGUUGAUCCAGUCGAUCUUGUUGAUCUAGUCGACCUUGUUGAUCCAUUCGAUCCUGAUGAUCAUGUAGACCCUGUCGAUCCUGUAGAACCUGUUGACACAAUUAUUGAGCCUGACGUCAGAAACGUACCGAUUGAUCAUGCAGAGUGCAAAGCAGAUAUUGCUGAUGCCGUUGGGAAAGAAACCUUCGAUGAUAAAGACCUUGAGAGGUUUUUGAACUGUUGGACCCCCACCUCACAAAGCGAACUUCCCACCUCUCGGCAUGGAAAGAGCACAAGGAGGCUUCUAAUAAGCCAUGUCCAAGAUCCAAUUUACAAAGACUGGCUCUGUGUAUCGAAGAAACAAAGCGCUGUUUAUUGCAAACCCUGUGUCCUUUUUGGUUCUCAAGCUCAUGCACCUGGUAAGGGUCGUGGAAAGGGCAGAGGGCAGAAGCUCACCACUCUGGUCACCAAACCGCUGAUUAAGUUCCAUGACCUGAAAGGAAAGUCUGGCUUAUUGGACUCCCACAUGGAAAAGGAUUUCCAUUUGACAUCCAUGAAUCUUAUGGAAAAUUACAUAAAUGUAAUUGAGGGUAAAAAAGAAGACAUCAGAAACACUAUCAACACGUCCAGAGCAAUCCAAGCUGAGUGCAAUCGAAAAGCACUUGUGUCUAUUGUCGACACAGUGUUGUUUCACGCCAGACAAAAUAUCGCCCUCAGGGGAAACACAGGUGAAGUAGGGGUCGUUAACAGUACAGGAGAUGAACCGUCUACAAAUGAUGGGAAUUUUCGGGCGUCCCUUAGAAUGAGAAUCAGGGCUGGUGAUGAAGCUCUCAAGAAACACUGUUUGUCUGCACCUAAAACUGCAACACUCAUGUCUGCCGACAUCCAGAAUGAGAUAGUAAAUCUCGUCAAGACUAUGGUAAUUGAAAGGAUUGUAGAAAAGGUACGCAAGGCUGAGUUCUGGACAAUCCUUGCUGAUGAUACUACGGACAGAUCAAAGAAGGAACUGACAGCUAUCUGCAUCCGUUACUUGGAGCAGAAUGAAAAUACUGGAGAUUAUAUAUUGAGGGAAGAUCCCAUCGCUAUAGUUGAUUUGUUGGAUAUGAUCAGGAUGGUACUUGGUUUGAAUGACGUCGGUGAAGACGAACUGGUGAUGUCAGGUGUGAACAUUGCUAGAGUCCUGGUUGAUGUUGUGGAAAAACUAAAACUGGACCUGAACUUGUGUAUUGGCCAGGGAUAUGAUGGGGCAUCAAACAUGAGCAGUGAGCGUGUUGGUGUUGCCGCGGAGUUCAAAAAAAGGGCUCCCAAAGCAGAAUUCCAGCACUGUAUGAUGCACCAGAUGAAUCUUAGUGCUGGGAGUGCCAUAAAAGAUGUGUUUAUCAACAAAGCCCACGCUCUGAUCAAAAAAAUAACACAAUUCUUCAAUCGUUCCGCAAAAAGAGUGGAACAUCUGAAGACAGUUAUCCGAAGAGCAGAAGAUUCCCGGAUAUCAAAGGAUAAACUGACCUCUCUCUGUACAACCCGAUUCCUAGAGCGUCACAAAGCAGUACAAGUUUUGAGGAACCUCCUGCCGUAUGUUUUUGAUGCCCUGACCGACAUGACCUCCUGGAGUAGUCCAGAAACUAGGUCUGGUGCCUUUAAUCUCCAAUGUGCGAUAGACAAGGCUAACUUCUUUGUUAGCCUUGUGAUGUUGGAGAAUCUGACAGGACUGCUUCUCCCCCUGACGACAAUGAUUCAGGAUAAACAGAUAGACAUGAGUGGAUGCAUGGAGCAAACAAAACUUGUGAAAAAACAGUUGGCAGAUAUGAAAGAGCCACAUCACUGGAAACGCAUGUACGAGGAGGUGGUAUUGCUUGGAGAACGUAUGGGUGUUGAGAUUAAGGUACCAGGGCCAAGAUCAAGAAUUGCAAUAAACCAGUACACUAAGACGUCAGAUCCAGAAGAACAUUAUCAUAAGGUUUGGGUUGGAGCUGUCGGGAAUGUCAUACAAGAUAUGAAUGCCCGCUUUGGGGAGGAGAAACAGAAUGUGGCAGCCCUUGAGCAGUUAAUCCCUGCAAAAGCACCAGAACCUGACCAGUCAGCGGAGGUAACAGGAAAACUUGUGGAACAUUUCGAGGAUUUUUUGGAUGUUGGUUCCAUUUUACUAGAGCGGGAGGUCAAUAGGUGGCUGCUUCACUGGCAGCCUCUGAGCAAGAGUGACAGACCAAGAACAGCAUUAUCUGCACUGAAUAGUGCUAAGCUGUACCCUUCAGUAUCACAUCUACUGAAGUAUCUUGCUACCUUGCCAGUUUCGACGGCAGAGCCUGAGAGGACGUUCUCCAAGGUCGAAAGAACUAAAACAGCUAUAAGAGCUACCAUGACUGUCAACCGAACCCAUAUCCACAAAGUUGGCAAACCCACCAGAUAUCUGGGAGGAAAUUUGGGAAGAAUGAGGAAAUUUUUGGCAUCUGAGAGGAAAUUUCUUGGUUAG